UAUAGGUGAUAGGUUAGCUUCGUGACACUGUUGUGUUGUGAGACUCAACUCUCCUAUUUUCGUCGCAUUUUUCAACCACACUUUAAUCAAUUGUGUUUUGUAUUUUCGAUAAAGUGUCAUUGUUGAUGAUGCCUUAAUUUUUGAUGUUUUGAAAUUUUACAAUUGCGUAUCGGAACUGCUAAAAACAUGAGAAACGGAGGUUGGAAGUCUCGCCUGCCAUAUCACGAUGUGUGGGUCAGGAAUAGGGAGUGGGGACAAAGACCUGCAUUGGGAUCAACAAAUCGUUUGAUGAAAGGCCUGUACUCUUCACUAAUGCCAGUGAAUUCUUGGAGCCAUGAUGGAAAUCCUGACAUUCCUCAGCCUGGGGCAAUUUUCAAUCUAGAAUUCUCUCCAGACGGUUCUCUACUAGUUGCUGCAUGUGAGAAGAAGAGUUUUCUUAUGUUUGAUCCUCUUACUAGGAAAAUGAUAAUUUCUGGUGCCAAUGCUCAUGAUGAUUGCGUCAACUGUGUUCGAUUUUUAGACUCCAGAAUUUUUGCCACAUGUAGUGAUGAUAAAACAGUAGCAUUAUGGGAUACACGGAAUCUUCGGAACAGAUUGCGUACUCUGCAAGGUCAUUCCAACUGGGUCAAAAAUAUAGAGUUCUCUCAAAAAGAUGGUCUCUUAGUCACUUCUGGAUUUGAUGGUGCCAUUUACACAUGGGAUAUUAACAGUUACACUGAAUGUGGGUUCAUAUAUAAUCGAGUGUUUCAUACAAAUGGACUUAUGAGAACACGUUUAACGCCUGAUGGAAGUAAAAUGAUCAUUUGCACAACUGGUGGAUAUCUGAUUGUCAUCCAUGAUUUGGAUCUGAACACUUUGGAACAAGAUUUAUCAGGCUUCAAACCUAAUAUGUACCGUUUAAUGCAACUAAGUCUAACUACCAUACCAGUUGCUGCUAACUUCACUCAGCUAUUUUCCCGAAGACGCAAGAAAAACCGUGUCGAAUUUAUAGCAGAUUUUCCAGAAAAUGAUGAUGCAGAAGUUGUGUCUUCAUUACAAGUACACCCACAAGGAUGGUGUGUUCUCAGUAGGAACAUCAGUAAUCAUGAAAAAUCCGAGUGGACGUGUAUUCAUGAUAUCCAAGAUGAUCCAGUGUCUGAUACUGAGGCGCUGGAACUUGAGGAUUGCAGCACAGACUUUGAACCAUCAGAAGUGGAGACCAAUGGUAACGAACCAUCACAAGACGGUGACAGAGCUGUGCCCUCUUCAGUCAGUGCACUUCAGGCUCUUUUCCAAAAUGUGAUUGAUGGCUCUAAUGUGAGAGACUCUAGUGGCAGAGGUCGACAAGCGCAAACAACUGAACAAGAAAGUCCGCGAAGGAAUGCAGAGGCCACAGUCAGUUCAGCGGAUGUUUGGGAAGCAUUGAUUGCAAUCAGAUUCCAUCGAGAGCGAGAAAGGCGCAAUGCUGCCAAUUCACAGUUCGAUUCGUCUAGAAUGAAUAUUGUUCGUACAUUCUCAGGUCUACAGGAUUUGAAUGUCAACUCACUCCUGGACAACUUAAUGCAAAGAGAUACUAAUAACAGUGAAACUAGGUCAAAUAAUGAUAGCAAUUCAGAUGAUAAUGAAAAUGAUAAUGACAAUGAUGAUGAUAGUGCUAAUAAUAACCCUAGUGAGCGAAGUAACUCUUCUUACAUAAUUUUCCGCUACAGGUACAACCAAAAUUCCGACAAUCAAGAAGCGUCAACAUCUUCAUCAACAUCAAAUGUCAGUGAAAAUGCGGACAAUGGAAGUAGCAGUAGAAGCAGCUCGGAACCCGUAACUAGAAUUAGGAAUAGUCAAAUAGGUAAUAGUAACGGUCACACUGUUGUUAUAUUAAGUUCGCAACCACAAGCAGCAAAUCUAAGUGAGCGUCUUGGCUCAUCUUUUAGUAGUUACAAAGUUCCAAAGAACCAUAAAACGCAUCAAAACAAACCUCGGCUGUUACAUUACAUUGAAGAAUGCAAUGUGGGCAAAGGUUUUAUCAAAGAGCUGUGUUUCUCCUCCGAUGGUAGAAUUGUUUGUUCUCCAUUCAGUUACGGCGUACGGUUGUUGAGCUUCAACUCUGAUUGUGCCGAACUCUCAACAUGUGUUCCUGAAAAUCCUCCAGUCACUUUACAUGAAUUAGCAACCAACAAUCCUCACACCGAUAUUGUUGUUUCAACCAAAUUUUCUCCAACUAGCUGUCUAUUAGUUUCAGGGUGCCUAGCUGGUAAAAUUGUUUAUCACCAGCCUGGCUAUUAGAGUUGUGCAAAGUUGGUUUCCUCAAAAUUACAGUAAUGGUAAAAAACAAGCAGCUAUUUGCCUUGGAGAGCUUGAAGUGCUGCAAGUGUCUUUGUAAAGAUGUAACAUGCUUUUGUCCUAAGGCAGCAUCGCAGAAUUAGUGUGGAAGAUCCGAAAAUUGAGACGUGGUCCAGUUUAUAGGAUGCAGAAAAUUUUCUUUUCUAAUUGCAAUGUAAUUGAAGGCGCUCAUAAAGCCGAAAGAGACGAUAGUAAAAGAUUUAACCCCUUCUGCCCCUUGCUGAGUAGAAUCUAAAGGUGAUUCAAAGUCAGUUCAGUUUAAAGCCAAUUCAUUUCUAAAAUCAACAGUUUUCAAAAUUCAGUGAGGGAAGAGGCCCUCCUUAAAGUCAUGAGUGAACUUGGUAAUCAGCAACUCCAAUUUGAUUUUACUUUGAAUACCUCUAAUGAGGUAAUCUUGUGCCUAACAAUUAGUACUCCAUUCUCCCCUCAAUCUCCUUUCAACACCCAGCCCCAAGAAACUGUUGUCUGAGACCAUCUAACUCUGAUCGCCUAGCCGAGAAUUGAAACCAAGACCUGUCCAGAGGACCAGCGCUUUGACAAUUGUACCACAGGAAGCCGUUUAUUGAUGCAUACUCUCCUGUGCCCUAGCGCUUACUGUUGUAUGGGUUUCAUCCAAUCCAAAGUUACCAAACAUAUCCUUAAUCAAGCACAUUUCAUCGUCUAACCAGUGCACAACAGGGACAUACUCAUCCUCUCUAAGUCACAUUUUGCUGUCCUGCUACUGACCCAAGUUCUGCAUCAGUAUCUCGCUUGCCCAUAAAGGUCAGGAAGUAGCAUCAACAGGCUGUUUUGGAUUUUAUUCUUGUCAUAUAUGUCCACCCUUGUCUUUAAUCUGUAAUGAAUUUCCAUCAGAGUUUUACGUACAGGACUUAUUUUAAGUAUGUAAUUUCAAAUGCUGCUUUUAGUUGAAAUUUAUUAUUGCAACAAUGGGUGUCAUAAAGCAAACAGGGUUCAUCUGAAUGAACUUUUCAGAAAAGGCAUCUAUCUACUCUUCAAGGAUGUACAUGUUUUUCUUUAAAGUGCGCUCUUAGAUAUCUAUUGUGUGUUCAAAGUUGUCCAGUUGUACUUUUCUUAGCAAGACAGAGCUUAAGCAAGCUCAUUUGUGUGCAUGCUUCACCGAGAAACCUACAAUUUUGCACACCAUUGUUGGCUUUUAGAACCUCUAAUCAUGGUUUCGAGUGGAUGGAAACUUCACCUCACUUAUAAAACUUUGGUGGUCCAUUGCUUUAGAGUUUGCAAUACCCCUCCCAAACAUUUUUAACUGUAUCAAAAACUACAUCAUAGGUUCAGUUAGUAAAAUUAUAAUAUAUGGUAUUUUCAAUUCCUUCUUAGGCAGGAUUUUAUGAUGAAAAUAAUAUCCUUCCAACCUUCGCAUUUAGUAUUCUGAGAUGUUAAGUUUCCGUAACAAAACUAGGUAAGAUAACUGGAAGAUGCACCAGCAUUUCUACUUAUAGGAAUUUAUCUCAAAAGCAAUCAGUUCUUCAGAACAUUUUACUCAGUCGUUUUUGUCUCUCCAGGCAGGUAACUUUCAUUAGACCCCAAGCCCUCCAAUCAAAGUAUCAGAUCAAUUCAUAUUAUUCUUUCAAUGUAACUCAUCUUAGAUGGUAAAGUCUUUGUAAUAAAAAAAGUGAAAUGAAUUUAGGUUGUGGGCUCUCUUUAACUUCCCAAUAUUAUUGAAAAAGGCAUAUCAAUAAUGAAAAUAGGAAAUGCUGCAUCUCAGUCCGUGCCCUAUUUUCGAUAUAUUUCUGCAUAAAAAUUUGAAUGUUGAAACAUUUCUUUUGACAGUAUACUUAUUUCUAAAAAUAAUUGUGAAUAUUUUCCCUUAAUAUUAUCAGGUAUGUAAGACCCAGUUGAAAAUACAAUUUUAUUUAUUUAUUACACGUUGAAGGGGUAACAUCUCAAGGUACAACAAGACAAUUGAACAAUACAACAAGGCAACAAAUUGAUACUUUGAACAUUACAAAAUUUUUAUCACAUCAAAAAAUAAUAACUAAUAAGUUUUCAAAGCCUGUCCCCUUGCUGAAAACUUAAAACGCAACGAAUCGGGACAUUCCUGCAGAUCCACCGGUAGAUCAUUCCAGUACCUAAGCUUCCUGCACUCAGGAGAGAAAAAUGGAAGUUGGUCCCAAAAUGACCUUCCAUGAAUCUAGGAACAAACGCCGGGAUUGUGGAUUACAGUUAGUAAAUUUAAACUUUGUACAUUUCUUGCCCAGCCAUUAAUUUUAUUGGUGGUUGAAAGACGAGUUAUUUUUACUGCUAGAAAAGGUGCUGCUUUCAAAAAGAAUGGUAGAAACAGUAGUUGGCCCUUUGGUUUGAAAAUUAAUGAGGUCUUACAUCAGCCAUGAUGCUUGGGAUCAGUAGCUAACACAAGUAUUACGUUAAGAAUGUAUUCUUUUCAGAAUCCUUUUAAAAACAUCAAUUAAUUCCUGAGAAUGAAAUUUUGUAGACGGAUUAUUGUAAUUUUUGUUGUACCAAAUUCUCGAAAUCCUGUUCAGAUUAGCAGAAAUUUCAUUGAACCAUGUAAUAUGAGGUUUGUAAGAUAAUCUCCUUAGAAAUGCAAUGGUAAAAACAUCUUUUGGCAUCCAAUCAUUUCUCAUGCAGUCUUAACUUCUUCUUUUUUUUUAAUUUUGAUUAAUUAGCUGAAGUAAUAUUUUAUUUUUUGCGUUUUUCAUCAUCUGAGGUUAACUUUGGAAUGGAAGUUUGUAAAAUUUAAAGCAAGUGAAAUUUGUUUGGUGUAAAGCAAGUUUUUUAAGAAGUACUUUUGAACUGUCAAUUUUAAAUUAAUUCAAGAAUGCAAUUAAUUGUUCUCAAAAUUGAAUGUGUUAAAUAAUGGUUUAUCUAGUUUGACUCCAAAGCCUGUUUUCAUCACAGCUUUGGUAUUUAUAAAUUUAUAAUUUUCCUCGUUAUA